AACAACUCAGACACUGGGAUCAGUGCUGGCUGAAUACACAGCAGUUCUCUGUAUGGCUGAGACAGACAAAGGGCUUUAGAAUGAUAGAGGGCCAUCUGAAGAAAGAGUUUGGAGAUACUAGGAGAGCCAUGCUGGGUUCAGUGGCAGCCUUUUGGAUCCAGCUGGAUUUGGGUUGUGAUGUGGAUUUGAACAGACAAAAGGUGGAUCUAUACAUGAACGUGUUUAAAAGGUGGAUCCAUGUGGUCUGCUGGUAGAUCUUGGCUGUUUGAAAGUCUCAGAUGAGGAAAACCCUGAUUGGUCCAGAGCAGUGAGCAGGAAGUGUUGACUUCUGUCCUCCCUCAGCUUGGCACUAUGGGAUCAUCCACUUUGGGAAAGGCAGCCUCUCUUGAUGCCCUCUUAAAUGAAUGCACUCAUGCAUUUGAUGACAGUGGGGAGCUGCAGGCCAACCUGCUUCCUCGCAACCUGCUGCUGAUGCAUCGCUGGUACAUUACAUCCUCAGAACUGGCGGGAAAACUAAUGAUGAUGUACCGUGACUCCAAAGGUGACAACUGCCAGAAAACCAGGCUGAAGAUUUGUUAUUUAAUGAGGUACUGGAUUGUGACAUUCCCUGCAGAGUUCAACCUGGACUUGGGUCUGGUCCGGUUAACAGAGGAGUUCAGAGAUAUGGCUGCUCAGCUCGGCUGUGAGGAACAUUUCAAGCUCCUCGACAUCUCCACCAUUCCGUCGUACGACUGGAUGCGUAAAUUGACCCAGCGCAAGAAGCAGGCUAAGAAAGGCAAGGCCUCACUGCUGUUUGACCACCUGGAGCCGAUGGAGCUGGCUGAGCAUCUCACCUUCCUGGAGUUUAAGUCCAUACGGAGGAUAUCGUUCACUGAUUACCAAAGCUAUGUGAUUCACGGCUGCCUGGUGGACAACCCAACUCUGGAGCGCUCCAUUGCUCUGUUCAACGGAGUCUCACAGUGGGUCCAGCUCAUGGUGCUCAGCAAGCUAACGCCUCAGACCCGCGCAGAGGUUAUUACCAAAUACAUCCAUGUGGCUCAGAAACUUCUGCACCUGCAGAACUUCAACACUCUGAUGGCGGUAGUGGGGGGGCUGAGCCACAGCUCCAUUUCUCGUCUCAAGGAGACUCACUCUUAUCUGGCUCCAGAAGUUGUGAAGAUCUGGAGCGAGAUGACAGAGCUGGUCUCCUCCAACAACAACUACUCCUGCUACCGAAAGGCUUUCAAUGAAUGUCAGGGCUUUAAAAUCCCCAUCCUGGGUGUGCACCUUAAGGACCUGAUCGCAGUGCAUGUAGUCUUUCCUGACUGGGUUCACAACAGUAAUGAAGUGAACCUGGUGAAGAUGCAUCAGCUCUACAUGACCUUCAAUGAGUUGGUAUCAUUGCAGACUGCAGUGGCCCAAGUGGAGCCUAAUAUGGACCUCAUCUACCUGCUAACGCUUUCUCUAGACCUUUAUUACACCGAAGAUGAGAUUUAUGAGCUGUCAUUACUAAGGGAACCACGUAACCCCAAAUCAUUGCCUACCUCUCCAACGACUCCCAACAAGCCCUUGGUCCCACUGGACUGGGCCUCCGGUGUCACUACCAAACCAGACCCUUCUGUGGUCAACAAACACAUCAGGAAGGUGGUGGAUUCUGUGUUUAGGAAUUACGACCAUGACCAUGAUGGCUAUAUUUCUCAAGAGGACUUUGAGAGCAUUGCUGCUAAUUUUCCCUUCCUGGACUCCUUCUGCGUUUUGGACAAAGAUCAAGAUGGAUUGAUCAGUAAGGAUGAGAUGAUGGCAUAUUUUCUCCGUGCUAACCCACUGCUCCAGUGUAAGAUGGGACCAGGUUUCAUCCACAACUUCCAGGAGAUGACAUACCUGAAGCCCACCUUCUGUGAACAUUGUGCUGGAUUUCUGUGGGGAAUCAUCAAACAGGGCUACAAGUGCAAAGACUGUGGAGUUAACUGUCACAAACAAUGUCGGGAGCUGCUGGUUCUGGCCUGUAGGAAGCUGAUCCGCUCCAGCUCUCUAGGCAAUGUUUCUCCAGCCAGACAAACCCACAGCUCACUGCCCAGCAGCCCGGCACUCCCCACCUGUAAAGAUGAGGAUGAGGUGUUUGAAUUCCCAGCCGUCACAUCAGCAGGUCCAGCUCUGAACCCUCAGUCCAUCACCCUAAUGACUGGCUCAGCCCAGAGGAUCUCUGUGCGCCUGCAGAGGGCCACCACCAGCCAGGCAACGCAGACCGACCCCCUGUGGCCCAAACACAGCUGGGGGGCCACAGACGGCGGCUCCCACACCUUCCCCAAAAUGAAAUACAGGACUCACAGAAAAACAUCGAAAAAUAAAGGUUUUGCCCGCUGGGAAAACCAGAAUGAUCAGGCAGUUCCUUCACGGUGCAGCGUGGACGUCCCAGGAGAGCUCAUACAGAACGGGACUACACACAGAGGGAAGGACAGCUGACUUGGUCAUGUUGGUGAGGGCCAGUCCCAGGGAUCCAGAAAGCCCCUCGCGGCUGGGAGCAGGAAGCUCUUCUCUCUGGGGGACGUGCUGGGUUGCCUGAGGUCCCCCUUCAGUGACCUGGAGUUAUCAUGUCCUCUCUAGACUUCCACACAGGCAGAGCUACAGGACGUUGUGUAUCUGCAUGGAAGGACAUAAUGUGUGGUCUCUGUGAGACGACACAAAGAUGAAGCCGAGGAGCUCAGUGGAUACUGGACUAACACGCACUGUGAAUCACAUGGUAGGACGCCUCCACCCUGUGCAUCAGCUGGUGAUCAGUGGAGAUUACUCAAACGUAAUUUAAGUUUGAGAUUGGGAUGUACACAACACCAGCACUUGAAAAAGUGACAAGAAUUUUUUUCAUUUAUCAAAAGUGUGGAAUGGAUUCGUUCAGUGGAUCAAAGCAUGCCAGUUACUUUUGUAAGCCAGCUUUAAAUUCCAGUUUGGGGAUGACAAAGUAAAAGCCUGAUCUAAAGAAGGCGACAAGCAAGUUCUUAAUGGUCACUUCCCAAGUUGAAAUGAUCGGAGAAAGGAAAGCAUGAUGGAUAUGGAAGAGUGCAAAAAAGGGAAAGUGAAAAUGAAAGUGAAUGUUAAGCGCAUCCAACCCUUCCCACUUAAGGCCCUGUCACACAUAUCCGUAUGACAGAAACUUAUGCCGGCACAUACGAAAUAUCGGCAAUAGAUUGAUAUAAAUUAAGGGUAAGUUGUGAUCGUUUGAAGGACGCAGACGUUACGCCGA